CCAUUUAAGAUUCUUGCCUUCAAGUUUCCGAGUCGUGUCAUCCACCCUUCUCUCUAAAACUUACUAGAUUUCGUUUUCUCGAACCUUUUUUCUUUUCUGAGAUGGCCCGUACGAAGCAAACUGCUCGUAAGUCUACCGGCGGCAAGGCUCCAAGGAAGCAGCUGGCAACUAAGGCUGCUCGCAAGUCGGCACCGACGACGGGAGGCGUGAAGAAGCCUCACCGAUAUCGUCCUGGAACUGUAGCUCUGCGUGAAAUACGUAAGUACCAGAAAAGCACUGAACUUCUCAUCAGGAAACUGCCAUUCCAAAGGCUUGUUCGUGAAAUUGCGCAGGACUUUAAGACAGAUCUGCGGUUCCAGAGCCAUGCUGUAUUGGCGUUGCAAGAGGCAGCAGAGGCGUACCUGGUUGGAUUGUUUGAAGAUACCAACCUAUGCGCCAUUCAUGCUAAACGUGUUACAAUCAUGCCCAAGGACAUUCAACUUGCCAGGAGGAUUCGUGGUGAAAGGGCUUAAUUAUUUCAUCUCCCUUAUUUGCUAUCAUGUUUUCUUAAGAUUUCAUUCAUUUUGGGGUGGAACCUCUGUUGCUGUUAUACCCUUUUUAAUUAGACAGACGUUUUAGCCCUUGAAGCUAAAUAUGGGUCUUUGUUUGAUAAA